AUGGCUCUCCGUUUUGAGAUUCUGGGAAGGUUCAAUCGCGCCCGGGCAGCUCAUCUCACUCUGCCUCACUUCCUUUGCCAGACCCCUUUAUUCAUGCCAGUAGGCACCCAAGGAACUAUUAAAGGUUUGACUACUAGCCAGCUAGAGGAUAUUGGUUGCCAAAUUAUACUUGGUAAUACGUAUCAUCUUGCUCUGCGUCCUACUUCUGAGCUCAUCGAUGAGCUAGGUGGUCUGCACAAAUUCAUGAACUGGCCUAGGGCAUUGCUUACUGAUUCUGGUGGUUUUCAAAUGGUAGUGGUUCUCUGUCUCACAGACACACUUUGUACUUUUCUUGAUUCUUUCAGGAUGUUAAUUUGUAACAUCGUUUUCAGGUAUCCUUACUGCAUUUGGCUGACAUUACUGAAAAGGGUGUCACAUUUCAGUCUCAUUAGAAGAUUUUAUAGAACUACUUCUAGGCCUUUUAUGUGCUUAUAUCACGAGUCUCUCCCUGAAUUUUCACCAGUGGAUGGAAAGCCAAUGCUCCUAACACCUGAAGAAUCAAUACAAAUACAGAACAGAAUUGGAGCAGACAUUAUUAUGGCCCUGGAUGAUGUUGUGAAAACCACCAUCACUGGGCCGCGAAUCAAAGAGGCAAUGUAUCGUACAUUACGUUGGAUAGACAGGUGCAUAGCAGCUCACAAGAGGCCUCAUGAGCAGAACCUGUUUGGCAUAGUGCAGGGUGGUUUAGAUCCAGCAUUGAGGGAUAUAUGUGUUAGAGGCUUGGUCGAACGUAAUUUACCUGGCUAUGCUAUUGGUGGUCUUGCAGGCGGCGAAGAUAAAGAUUCAUUCUGGCGUGUUGUUGCUCAAUGUACUGCUGCAUUGCCUGAGGAUAAACCAAGAUAUGUUAUGGGUGUUGGUUACCCGCUAGAUAUUGUAGUUUGUAGUGCAUUAGGUGCUGAUAUGUACGAUUGCGUUUAUCCCACACGCACAGCUCGAUUCGGCACAGCUCUCAUUCCUGAGGGUGUCUUAAAAUUGAAACAUCAGGCAAUGGCUACUGAUGUUCGUCCAAUUGAUCCCACAUGUGAGUGUAUGGUCUGUAAAAAGUACACAAGGGCUUAUAUCCAUUGCCUAGUCACAAAAGAUGCUAUGGGGUCUCAACUUCUAUCAUAUCACAACCUACAUUACAUGAUGAAGUUGAGCAGGGACCUACACUCAUCGAUUGUCGAAGGACGUUUUCCAGAGUUUGUUUGCAAGUUUCUGCAGAGAAUGUUCCCAAAAGGUGAUGUGCCACAAUGGGUGUGCAAUGCAAUGGAGGUGGCAGGAAUCGACAUUUCUUCAUGUUGUGCAACCUACUCAGAAAGUGAAGACUUGAUGUUGACCUCGAAAGAGUGA